AUGCACGCCAAAAAUGUAUUUUAUAGUAAGAAAAUAAUAUUAGUAAAUCCUAAUAGUUUCCGUGUCAUACUGUGCCUAGUGUGGUAAUUUGCAUAUUAGAGGAUUGAUCAUGAUAAUUCCUGUUCCACAGUAAGUGUCUCACAGUGCAAUCCUAUACAUGUCUAUUGAGAAAUAAGCGUCACUGAAUUCAGUAGGACUUGCUCCCAGUAAUGUGUAUAUAGGGUUACACACAUUACUGGGAGCAAGUCCCACUGACAUAAGACAUUUUUUUUUUAAAAAAAGGUAAACAUUGUUGCAAAGAUAGCUCACCAUUCUGAAAUUAGUAAACUUCUCAGUUUUCUCCAUAAUUGCCAAGUUGUGAAUGGGCUACAUGUGGCAUAAAUCUACUAUUUUAUAAUGUUUUAUGGUACUAUAUUUUAAUUUUUCUAAUGUUUUACAGUAUCAUUAUUUUAAAAGUAGUUCUUCUGUUGCAGUGUCUACUUUGUGCAAGUUUAAACUUAAUGUGUUAAUCAUUUUAAGAACUCUUCUAAUAUUUUCACAGGGGUAAGCUCCAUUGAAGUAGUGGUCCAGCAUGGCUUAGCUACUCCUGAAGGUCUUACUGUUGACUGGAUUGCUGGAAAUAUAUACUGGAUAGACAGCAAUUUGGACCAAAUUGAAGUUGCUAAAUUAGAUGGCACACUGAGGACAACAUUAAUAGCAGGUGCCAUGGAACAUCCUAGGGCUAUUGCUUUGGAUCCUAGAUAUGGGUAAUUAAAUGUAUUUGUAAUGAUUAUUUACAACAAAACUGUGCAAAUGUUUUUCAGAGGUACUGUGAGAUGUUUUUCAUUUGUCCUUAGCACUGGUAAUUUUGACCCUACUAUGAAACAAGUUAUGUGGGGAUGAUAAUAAUAUUAAUAAUUAAUAAUAAUGUUAAUAAAACUAAUACACACAUUCAUUUUCGUUUCCCAUGUUUCUACAGGUGGUAGUGGUGUAUUGUCAGAGCAACAUGUUAAUUAAAUCAAGUAGGAUAUUUAAGGAGGAAAAUUAAAUAGUAUAAUUGCCAAAAGAGCCUGUGUAAUAGACUUUAUCAGCUAUAUAUAUUCUUCCCCCUUCAUCCCAUUUUCUCAAUGACACAAAUUGCAAGGAUUGCUUCAUACCAGUUUAAUGUAUCUGAAGGCAGAGCAGCCAUGUUCCCUUACAUUUGGGGAAAUGGGCAGUUAAUUCCCAAGUUGAACCUCUUUCACAAUCAGACAUACCCUUUAUAGAUUUAGAGCAUGAUCAUUACUUUCUACCACUUCUCAAAUGUGUUGCAAUUAUACGUCCAAAUGCAAUCAAAUGCCCAUAGCCUAUCAGGUCUACAUCCAAUUAGCAUUGAUUAUGCCUUAACAUUACUCGCACUUAUCUUGACACUGUAAUGUAAAGCACCUGUCUCAAAAUUCUAUCCGUAUGCAAUAUUAGAAGAGGGAAUAAGGGCAUACUGCAGGGGAAAAAAUCAGGUAGGGAGAAAAUCAGUUUUAUCAGUGCUUCAAAAUGGUGAAUUCCUGGUUAGGAUCUUUUGCAUCCCUCUUAUGCAACUCUAAAAUGUUAUCCCCCGCCCCAUGACAUGUCCUCCUGUGGAUGUUGGAGAAAGAUCAGUUCUGAGCACACCCAAACACCAUCUGGAGUCUAGGCUGAAUGAAAAUGUAUCUAUGCCUUCCAGUCCUUUCUGGCACAAUCCUUAUUUCGCUUCGCUAUCGUAAAUGACAAGGACAUGCUGGUGGCAAGGAGGGACUGAGAUAUUGUUUUGAGCAUGUGUCACAGCUACUGGGCCAUAGGAAAUAGGGUAGAAUUGGGUUUCUAAUAUAAAUAUGAGCUAUUUGUUCAACUUCAUAGAAUCACAGAAUUGUAGAGUUGGAAGGGACCAUGUGAAUCAUCGAGUCCGAUCUCGUACAAUGCAGGAAUCUUUUGCCCAACGUGGAGCUCAGACCCAUGAACCUGAGAUUAGGAGCCUCAUGCUCUGUUGACUGAGCUAUCCUGAGAAUAGUUUCAUUUCCUUUCAGAAUAGUUUCAUUGUGUUAGAAAGUUAUGGAACUCCACGAUUAAAACUUUAUAGCUGUUUUGGCAAUGUCAAAAAUGUAUUCUACUUAGAAUAACUAGCCCAGAUUUGCUAAUAUGAUGGUAUUAAAAAGCAAAACAAAAAACACCUGUAUAUAUUAUUUGUUUCAUAUUUUAGUGUAAAUUUUGUUUUCUUUUUUUUUGCAUCACUCAGAAUUCUGUUUUGGACAGAUUGGGAUGCCAAUUUUCCUCGCAUUGAGUCUGCUUCCAUGAGUGGAGCGGGAAGGAAGAUAAUAUAUAAAGACAUGGAUAGUGGAGCAUGGCCUAAUGGCCUUACUGUGGAUCAUUUUGAAAAACGAAUAGUAUGGACAGAUGCCAGGUAACAAUGUUCCCUGUGCUUUUUGUAUGAGAACAAGAAAAGUUGCAGAGCUGCUUUUAUUCUUUGUCUUCCCACCCCUGCAAGUAGGAAUGAAGACACAAGAAGUGUUUGGGGAUGAAUGGGAACAGCUCUAUUAAUUUUUGCCAGAUUCUCAUCAUGAGGAGACAGGUUAGCAACAAGCUAACAACCCUUCAGUGCAGGCCCCCCUCCACUUCAUGUGAGAGCUGGGAUUCUUCCUCUCCCACUCUCAACUUGGCAUGAGUAAUUCCACCCUGUGUCCAAGGACCAGAUCAAUCAGAUGAUCUAUCUAUGCACGUCUUCAGCUGUUCACUAAGCCAUGUGCACAACAGACACCAGGCACUUCUAUGGUGGCAUAAAGUCAAGCCACUCGUUGUGUUCAGACUCCCAGAACCCAACAGUAGCUCCCCUUUCAUAUUACCUCUCUCAGGCAGCAGUGAGGCUGUGCUGCUUACAACCCCCACCAGCUGAUCUCUGUUGCAUACCAAAACCAAAGAGGGGGAGGAGCUAAAUGGUGGUGGCUGGUUUUAUUUUUCUAGAAAAAGAGGAGCCGGAGCUCACCAUAAGCUUCUCCCUUGUUUUCUUAGAAUGGCAAUGGUGCCCACCUGAACUCCUGUGAGCUCCAGCUGAAAAAAGCCUUGUUGGUGGGGCUGGUGUAAUGUAAAUGCAUCAGAAGGAGUGCAGAAUUGGCCCCAUUGACAUUGUUGCACUUCUCCAACCUCACUGCCUAUCCAACGCUUCCACUCACAGUCUCGGUGAAUUGACUAGAGGCACGUCAGUUAAGGAAGCUGCCUUCACCAUGUCAGAUUUCUUAGUCCAGGGCUGGGAACCAUAUUGCCUUCCAGAUACUGCUAGAUUAAACUUUCAUCAUCCCUGGGACUGAAGUGAGUUGAAACCCAAUGACAUCUGGAUGACUGCUGAUUAGCCACUCACUCCUUCUUUAGUUCAGUAUUGUGUGCACUGACUGGCAGCUGCUCUCUAAGGAUUCAGGCAGCCACCCCCCCUGCCCACCCUCCCCAGUUGUUCCUGGAGAUGCCAAGGAUUGAAUCACUGAGCUAUGAUCCUUUGCCAAACAUUUGAAAUACAUUCCUUUCAUAUUUGUUUAAUUUUCCAGAAUAUAGUUUCAUAACUGCACUAAACCCGGUUUCAGAAUUCUCUCACAAUGGAUUUCUGUUUGGGGGAUUAUCUUUCAGGUCAGAUGCUAUUUAUUCCGCACUGUAUGAUGGAACUGACAUGAUAGAAAUUAUACGAGGACAUGAAUAUCUUUCUCAUCCCUUUGCUGUCUCUUUGUAUGGGAGUGAAGUAUAUUGGACAGACUGGAGGACAAACACAUUGUCAAAGGCCAACAAAUGGACAGGACAAAAUGUUAGUGUGAUACAAAAAACUAGUGCACAACCUUUUGAUCUUCAAAUCUAUCACCCAAGUCGUCAACCACAAGGUAAAUUAAUACUUCUAAUAAAAGUGUCAUAGUCUUUUUGUUCAUAGUCAGAUUCUACAUUACAUACCAGCAAUAUGAAUGAAUAUCUCUUAAAGGUAAAGGUAAAGGACCCCUGAUAGUUAAGUCCAGUCGCGAAUGACUCUGGGGCUGCGGCGCUCCUCUCGCUUUACUGGCCGAGGGAGCCAACGUUUGUCCGCAGACAGUUUUUCUGGGUCAUGUGGCCAGCAUGACUAAGCUUUUUCUGGCGAAACCAGAGCAUCGCACAGAAAUGCCAUUUACCUUGCCGCCAGAGUGGGACCUGUUUAUCUACUUGCACUUUGAUGUGCUUUCAAACUGCUAGGUUGGUAGGAGCUGGGACCGAGCAACGGGAGCUCACCCUGUCACGGGGAUUCAAACCACCGACUGUCUGAUCGGCAAGUCCUAGGCUCAGUGGUUUAGACCACAGCGCCACCUGCAUCCCCUGAAUAUCUCUUAGCUAAUAACUAUUAUUAUUUAUAUGACUGACUUGUUAAAUUAACAUUAUGUGAGUACCACUUCAAAUUCUUUUUAAUGCUUCCUGUUUUGUGCUGCUUAUAUAAAUAAAAGGAGCAUUUCUGAGCAGCAUUAUUGUUGGAUAAAUGACAUCUUAAAACUUUAGCAAUAUUAAGAGCACUAAAGAAAUCAUAAACAUUGAGUUAACAGCCCUUUGCAUCUGCUUCAGUGAAGUAUUACCAGCAAUCGGCUGGAAAUGGGAGAGAGUGGUUAGAUUUUUUUAGCCCCAGGUCAAAACCAUAACAAAUAUUGUUUUAGGCUGUGUUGGUAUAUUGUAUACGGCAUUGACCUGGGAACCUUCUCAUGUUGCCAUUAUUUUUAAUAGAUCAGUAUGGAAUGGGGGCAAAUGUUAACAGCUACUUUUUCCUGUGGUUUAUAAGGACUACGGCAGCAGGAACACCUCUUGUGAUUUGAGGCAGGGGAAGGGAUUACAAGUAUUUGUUUCCUUUUUAUAAGCCUCUGCUGUAAAUAAUUGCAGUUCAAAAAGGCAUCUCUUAGCAUGCCAUGCAAAUUACAAGUCUUCAGAUUAUAAAAAUAUAUGUAAAAUUAUUUUGCAUCUACACAGAAACAGAUCACUUACCAGCAGUGCUAUUUUUCUAGAAAAGAGAUGCCAGAACUCACCACAAACACCUCCAUUGUUCUCUUAGAAUGGCAAUGGCACCCACCUGAGAGGUGCUGGAACCAAAUUCUAGAGAGUUCUGGCUUUUAAAAAGCCCUGCUUACUAGGGAGAUAAUUCUGAAGAGGUUAUUCUGAAGCUUUGAUGUCUUGAAUCCAAAAUUCCCAUACACAGAAUGCAGUAGAGGAAAGGGAUUUCCUAUUUCUCAUCCCUCUUACAUCCCCCUUUGCCCCCUGAAAAGCUGUUCCAGGGGUUUGGGGAUGCUUCAGAGCAGCGUGGAGUCAAUAUAGGGUUUUCAGGGACAAAUUGGUGAAAACUGCUUGACUUUAGGGAGCCUCCGCAGGAUCUCAAUGUCUUCCAACCCACGUGAGUGAGCACACAAUUCAGAACAUAAGAAGAACCUGCCAGAUCAGGCUGGUGGCUCAUCUAGUCCAACAUUCCGUUCUCGCAGUAGCUAACCAGAUGCCUAUGCCGCAAGAAGGACCUGAGUGCAACAGCAUUCUCACAGAAUUUUGUAGAGUUGGAAGGGACCCUGAGGGUCAUCUAAACCAACCUCCCUGCAAUGCAGGAAUCUCAACUGAAGCAUCCGAGAUAGAUAGCCAUCCAACCACUGCUUAAAAACCUCCAGUGAAGAAGAGUCCAUCAGUGGCAAACUGUUACUGUGGUGUAGAUUUGUUUGCCAUUCUCUUCCCCUCCCCUCUUCUAAUAUAUUUUCCCCCCAUUGUCAGACUUCAUUGGUCUCCUGCAGAAUACAUAUAUUUGUAUGUUCAGUUUACAUUUUUAAUUCUAGCUCCCAAUCCUUGUGCUGCUAACAAUGGCAGAGGUCCGUGCUCUCAUAUGUGCCUGAUCAAUCACAACAGAAGUGCUGCAUGUGCAUGUCCUCAUCUAAUGAAGCUGUCUAUAGACAGAAAAACAUGCUAUGGUAAGUUUCUCUCUCUCUCUCUCUCUCUCUCUUACACACACACAUAUUCUCUAUUAACUACUUAAAUUUCAGAGUAGAGGACAUGUUGUUCACUGAUACGUUUGAGGGUAACUCUUGCCUCACAUGAACCAACAAGAAGCCCAAAUGCAUUUGGCUUGUCAAGCUUUGAUAUUUAUUACUUUCGCUUUUUUGUUCUGGAUGUGUCUAGUACAUUCACCGAACUUAUUUCUGCAGAACAGGGAGGUUGGCAAGCAGAAAGGGCAUCAUCAGAAAAUGAUGAGGCAGGUAAAGUGCAGAAUGAAAAAAAGUACUUAACAGUUUUUAAUCUCAGUGUACUCAUCUUCUGAAAUGGUCUUGAUAUCACUUUCGGAGUCUUAAGAACUAGCUCAGAAAGCAGCUUCUAAGAAGAAAUACUUUAAAACUAUAGUGAUGCAUUAUGAUGCAAACACAUUGGCAGGAACAGCAUAUUGAUUUUGCUGGUGCAUUUGCUGGUGCCUCACUGCUAUCUCACACCUUCCCCAUUAUAUCCUAGUAAGCCAGGCAUAGGCAAACUUGGCCCUCCAGAUGUUUUGGGACUACAGUUCCCAUCAUCCCUGACCACUGGUCCUGUUAGCUAGGGAUCAUGGGGGUUGUAGUCCCAAAACAUCUGGAGGGCCGAGUUUGCCUAUGCAUGUAGUAAGCCAAUCUGAUGCAGCUGAUUGGAGGUCAGAUACGCACCACUUCCCCAGCACACUGCCUGCUAUUGCCAUUUAGAAUUACCAAAUAAUGUUAUGUCUUUUAACAAUACAGUGGUACCUCGGGUUAAGUACUUAAUUCGUUCCGGAGGUCCGUUCUUAACCUGAAACUGUUCUUAACCUGAAGCACUGCUUUAGCUAAUGGGGCCUCCUGCUGCUGCUGCGCCGCUGGAGCACGAUUUCUAUUCUCAUCCUGAAGCAAAGUUCUUAACCUGAAGCACUAUUUCUGGGUUAGCGGAGUCAGUAACCUGAAGCGUAUGUAACCUGAGGUAACACUGUAUUCUGAACUACAGAUACGUGGAUUUUAAACGAUUUCUUAGUUUUUUAUCUGUUUAAAAACAAACAUGGCUGACUUUUUACUUAUCAUGGGACAAUGUGAUCUUCUACUAAUGACCAGAUGAAUGUGCUUACCUGCUUUGUACUAAAUUAUGUAUGAAUACCAGAUUAUUAUAAUAUAUAAAUGUAUAACUUAGAUAAUCAUUAAAACAAAAUAUAGAUUGUAAUAAUAUUCCAUUGAUCUGCAUCUAAUAAAUGGCAUACCUAAUUUUUUACAGAAAUGAAAAAAUUUCUUCUUUAUGCCAGACGUUCAGAAAUAAGAGGUGUUGACAUAGAGAACCCAUACUUCAACUACAUAACAGCCUUCACGGUUCCUGAUAUUGACGAUGUAACAGUUGUAGAUUUUGAUGCAGCAGAGGAGCGCUUAUACUGGACUGAUGUGAAAACGCAAACUAUAAAACGGGCCUUCAUUAAUGGGACUGGUUUAGAAACUGUUAUAUCAAGAGGUAAAUAUAUUUUAAAUGCAACGUUGCAAGUCCAGCUGGUGGACAGGGCUAACAAACUGAACUGUGAAGAUCUGACAACACUUUUAAUAGCAGCACUCUUAUGCCUAAAACAUCUUGUUGUGAUGUUUAAUGUGCAAAACUAAUCUUAGGUUAUUUGGUACAAUACAAGACACUUGUCAAUUAUUACAUAAUGCACAUAUCUGAUCUAGUUUGAAUCAUUCAGCAUCCUAAGACUAUAUUGAGAAAUAAUUUUUCAGGUUAUAAGAGCAGGAAGGGCUGUAGCUCACUGGUGGAGUAUGUGCCUUGCACAGAGAAGGCCUCAGAUUAAAUCUCCACAUAGGUUUGAGACAGACUCUUGACCGAAACCCUGGGAAACCGCUGCCAGUCAAGUGUAAACACUGAGCUGGAUGGAGAUGGACCAAUGGGUCUGAUGCAGUGUCAAAGAGCAUUCUGUGUUCCUCAAGAGCCCUGCUGGAUGAGGCCAAUGGUCCAUCUAGUCCAGCAUCCUGUUCUUGCAGCGGCCAAACAGAUGCUUACAGGAAGCCCACAAGCAGAACAUGAGCAUCGUACUGAGUUACAUACUAAUCCCACUUGCGUCCCCAGCAACUGGUGUUCAGAGACAUAACAUACUGGAUGUUUUACACAGUCAUUGUGACUAGUGUUCCUUUGUAGCCUCAUCCUUCAUGAUUUUCUCUAACUUCUUUUUAAAGCCGUUCAAGUUAGUGGCCACCAUUACAUCCUGUGGCAAUUAAUCCCACAGUUCAACUAUGUACUGAGUUAAGUAGUACUCCUUAUUUAACUCCUUAUUUAGCUUCAUAGGAUAAUCCCAGAUUCUUGAGGGAGAAAAACUCAACGCAUUUUCCCCACACAAUGCAUAAUUUUAUAUAUUUCUGACAACAUGUCCCCUGCCUUAUCCCCCCAAACAAAGAAAACCCAAAUGUUAAAUAACCUGUACUCGUAGGGGUGUUGCUCCAGCCCCUUGAUCAUUACAGCUUUCUCUUUUUGUACCUUUUCUAGUUUUGCUAUAUCUAGAACUUUACAAGUGCAGCUACUCUAUGGGUCUGUGUAACAACACUGUGAUAUUAGCCGUUUAAAUUAAAUCUUUUCCCUAACAAUACCUAACAUGGAAUUCACCUUUUUCCACAACCACCAUUUUAAUUUAAUUCUGCUGCCUUUUUAAAGCCUUCAAACAAGUUCCCAGGAGGAUAUGGAAUUUAAGCAUUUUGAAUUUGCUCUUAAUGAUACAUACCAUAGCAGCAGUUUCAUGUUUGUCAAAUAAUAAGAAACCAUUGAUGCAGCACUGGGAUUUUGUAAGUAAUUCUCAAGUUCUAAUCCUUCUGCCCUGCAUCAUUAACGAUGUUAUGUUGGAGAGUCAUCAUGGAAUAGCUAAGGCAGUGAGUAUAUAAUAUAAACUUUAGGACCCAUGUUUAUGCAUUGUAGUGGUCUUGCUAAGUGAAUUCAGUUUCAGUCUAAGGGAAAUUAGAACAAACAAUCCUUCAAAGAUGCUUCAGGGGCAGAAUCUUAUUUGUAAUAGGCAGAUAAAGGCCAUCGAUUUCAUAACCAGCUUGUGAGCUGCAGGAGACAUCUGGCCACUUUUGUUAAUAGAUUAGAAGGCUGAGCUAGAUGCAUCUCGGUCUGGUCCAACAAACCAUUUCUUAAGUUCUUAAGUUCAAUUUUCUCACCAUGAAAUUCAGCAUUGAAGGGACAGAUUCAUAGUUUAAGGGCAUUUUUUUUUUAAGAAAGAAAAGUAGAUACUGCUACUGAUCUAUGAAAAAAUAAUACUUAAAUUUGUAUUGUUUGGGACCCUUUCACACAUUCUCCACUGAUAUUUUGCAACCAACACAGUUUUCACAGGUGUGUGAACAAUGCCUUUCUAAACGCAGAAAGAUAUGGGAAGAUGUGGGCCAUUCACUGUCCAUAGUACUCUUCCACUGGAGGGAAGGAGGAGAUUUCAUUGACUUUCCCUAUAUCUCCCUGUGCGUCCAUUGAAGAAAGCUGCUCUGGAGAAGCAUGGGACCCUCUGGAACAGUAUGGGAGAUGGCUCUGCAAGCUGCAGGAUGAAAUCACCCAAAAUUGCCUCACCUUUCCUUCCACCAGUAGGAGCUUCUGCUAGAUCUCUGUCCCUUCCAUUAAUUGAAAAAUUCUUUCUAAUUACAAAAUGGCAAAUGCAUCCAUCCCAUUCCCUGUGUUUUGGUCUUCCUGUUUACAAUUUCAGUGAUAUUUAAAGCCUUUUUUAAAUGAGUGAAAACUUCUUGGUAGAGCUGAUUAGGCGACUUAUUUGCUGUUUGACAUUUCUGCAGACAUUCAAAGCAUUCGGGGACUGGCUGUGGAUUGGUUAUCCCGUAAUUUAUACUGGAUUAGCUCAGAGUUUGAUGAAACACAAAUUAACGUGGCACAUUUAGAUGGCUCUUUAAAAACCUCGGUUAUACAUGGAAUUGAUAAACCACAGUGUCUUGCUGUUCAUCCGGCUAAAGGGUAAAGUAUGAUUAUUUACACCAAUAUUUUUGCAAUCGUCUUUCAGGUGAAAUGCAGGUUGAUCUCAUAUUACAUGAGGGUUACGUUCUUGCCUAUUGCAUGUAUAAGCAAAAUCACUUAACACUAGAACACUCCACAGGAAACUGUAAAAACCCAACAAAUCCCUCCAACUUUCUCCGAUGACUUGCCAACCUUUUCCGCAACCUCUCCAGCCUCUUCUGAUCUCUCUCCAACUGCCUCCAAUCUCUCUCUGCACUCCACCAACUCUCCAUCCAUAACCAAGUGUUCUCCCAGUAGCUGAUGGGAUUGCUGGCCAUUUUCUUCCUGCUCUCGUGCUCUGUUUGCUUAUUUAUUUUGGGGUGCUUUGCAUAUAGCUGCAAUCACAUAUGUGAAAUCCAUGUAAGAUGAGCUCUGCUUGUACUAACUAGUAAAUUAAGUUAUGAAGUGAUGCCUCUGUUUCUUGUGCAUUGCCAGCUUCCUAAUAUAGAUAACCCAUUGUGGGAGUUGGAGUCCCCAUGAAAUCUACUAGUUGUGUAUAUCACAAUUUUCAGAAUUCCACACCUACCAAAAGCGGGGGGGGGGAGUGGAAGAAGUAAUCACAAAUGGGGUUUCCAUGCAUUCAUCUCUGAUGAGGAUGUUAUUUGUUUGAGGGGGGAGGUUCUGUGUUGCUUUUUCACCAAUCUAUAUUGUAACCCUGUGGCAUGGUCAGUAUAUAAUGUUACCAUACUUAUUUAUUUAACUAAGGGAAGAAUGUGGUCAAAAAAGAAUAUUGUAGAAUCUAUACAGAGACACUCUGGAUUCAUGCAAAUUUUAUUUCCAAUAUGAUAAUGCAAAACAGAAUAGGAUUGCAGCUUAAACUUUUUUAAUGUAAUUUUUAUUUGUCUUGUUUUGUAAAGAAAACUUUUUUGGACUGAUGGAAACACCAUUAAUGUGGCAAAUAUGGAUGGCAGCAACAGCAAAAUACUGUUUCAGAAUCAAAAGGAUCCAGUUGGUAAAUAUUACUACGAUCACUCAUUUUCAUGUACAGUUACUUUAGUGCAAAUUUCUGUUAAAUGUAUGAUUUUAAGGAGAAAAGUAGGUGACAAUGUAUACUGUUUGGCUUGCUGGGUCACAGCUUGUGCUGGACUGAGAAUGAGGAAUCAUGGGUAAUCUGGCUUCCAGAUUUCAAUUUACUAUUGUAAUGUUAUAAUUGCUGUAUGAGUUGUGGAGAUACUCCAAGCAGCAUGUGAGUUCCGUUCUGAAAGGAACAAGUUAAGUGGAUAAUCAGGGAGGGAGGGCAGUACAGAAGGACACAGCACUAUGGGUGAAAACCAGUGGUGUCUGUCUGUUAAUGGAAUGGACACCAUUUAUAGAAUGGAUUUCUCUUCGCCCCUGCAGCCCCACAUGCAGCUCCAAAAACUACUCCAGAGGUGUAGGAGGUGGUGGAAGAGCCUGGGGAAGUCAUGCUGCAUGAGUGGAAGCCUGCUCAUGUGACAUGUCACCUUAGUUUCACAGUAGUAUCUUUUCAGUGCCCCGAAUCCAAACUACAGACCAAAUUUAAAAUUCUCUAUCCAAUAAAUCAUUCUUGCCAGACUGAUAGCAUUGAUUUCAGCUCUUGCCAUUCUGUAGCCAGCGACAAAAAGAGAUGAAGGAAAAUUUCUCUCUCGUGUUUCUAGAUUGAUGUAUCCAUGGUUUUUGAUUAAUAUAUACUGUUGUUACUAGCGGCUACCGCUCAAACAUUUUAUCAUUAUGUAGUUCUAAUAACUUUCUCCCGAAUGCUGAAAAUUAUUCAUAUUGUCAUGUACUCUUCCAAUUGUAUGAUACAAGGUCAGAUUUGUUUUCUUCUAGAAACUUAACAUUAUAGCAUUCUUCAUUUCUUCAUCUCAUCAUUUAUUAUUGCUUUAUAGCAUCAUGUUUGACAAGCACGGCACGUAAUUAACAAGAUUAUCGUAAAUAUAAUGUGCUUUUGAGUCUGAGAAGUACCAGAUAAUCUCUUUGAAUGUUCUCAGAGUUCUAGGAACACAAAAUGAUAAAUUAUUUCUAAAUGUCUGUUUUUGGGAGAUAGUUUAAUUGACUUUUUAUUGCUAAGUCCUAAAAUAUUCACUUGUGAUCUAUAUCACUUAGAGCUAUUUUAAUGACGCUCAUUCUUUCCAUGGUCUGGUGAUACAUGAAUGAUAAAAGAAACAGUGGCUCAUUAUUCACACAGAGAUAAAAGGGUCAGCAACACUGAAAUUUUAACCAAGACACAAUCAGAGCAUUUCUUGAUUACGACAUUUCAAAUUGUACCCAAUGCAAACUAAUACGUUGUUGUUUUUAACAAUUCUUAUCUGCAUUAUGCUGUCUGUUUUAUGUGCAGGAGGUAGAGUAAAAUCAUGAAAUCUAAGUUGGGAAGGUGAAAAGUGAGCUUAAUAGUAGUGUGGGAUGGGAAUGGGAUACUCUAGAGGAUUACUGCAGGAGAAUGGUAGGGGUUUGGCUAGCAAGUUAGUGUUUUUAACAAGAUAUUAAUGUUUAUUGCAAGAGUAUGUAGCGCACAAGCUUAUGCAGUUACUUUAUAAUAAUAAUAAUAAUAAUUUAUUAUUUAUACCCCGCUCAUCUGGCUGGGUUUCCCCAGCCGUUCUGGGCAGCUUCCAACAAAAUAUUAAAAAUACAUUAAAACAUCAGUCAUUAAAAACUUCCCUGAACAGAGCUGCCUUCAGAUGUCUUCUAAACGUCAGAUAGUUGUUUAUUUCUUUGACAUUUGGUGGGAGGGUGUUCCACAGAGUGGGCGCCACUACCGAGAAGGCCUUCUGCCUGGUUCCCUGUAACUUCACUUCUCGCAGUGUGGGAACUGCCAAAAGGCCCUCAGUGCUGGACUUCAAUGCCCAGACUGGAUGAUGGGGGUGGAGAUGCUCCUUCAGGUAUACUUUAAUAUAGCAUUGUCUUUUUAAAUAGGUAUCUACUUUGCUAACUUGUUACUUAAAUACUGCUUAUUUAAUGCUACUAUUACUACACCAAGACAGUUUUGUGGAACCUUUUAAAAACCCUUUUUCCAGAUUGCCCUUCUAUUUACUCCACCCCAGUUAAGCCUCAUGAACACCGUCACUGCGGUCUUUCAUUGAAGUCUCUGUUUCAACUCCUACUGACCUAUUGAAGCACAUGUCUGGUUUUGCUGUCCUGGAAUCUUCCUCUGGCUCUCUUACCAAACACCACAGCCUAGCAUUGCGUGUUCAGACCCAGAGACCUCCCCCUUAAAUAAAGACACAUUUGACUCAAAUUUUAGUUUUGGUUUUUGGCAGAAUUUAGGCCACAACUUUAUUGAUUACAGAAAAGUGAGUGGUUGCAUAGGCUCUGGGUCGACUAGCUCCCUACACCCUUGCAGGUAGCGCUGACCCAGAGCUCUAAAAUGGAUCAGCCAAGGGUGAACACCUGAGGCAGGUGAAAAGCCUGGGAGCAGACUCUGUUCACUCCCCAGAUGCUCCCCUUGACUCAGGCACAGGCACAACCCCCUUUCAGGGGUUGACCAAACUAAGUUGAGUCCCUGCAUUCCUUUAAUGGAAUACUCUUCACAUAGGGAUGGCGAGACCGUUCUCCCAUCCCUAUCACCUGAAUCAGUGCCCAACCACAACCUUACAAGUUGUGAUGAUUUGCUACGCGGCAGGUGAAACCCAAAUGGCAACAGCCAAUCAGCCAAGUGGGGGAAAUUCCUGCCGUGCUCCUGCGAUUGACCUUGUUAUGACAGAUGACACAAGAUGGCAUAGCAAGGUCAAUCGCAAAAGGCCCUAAAAUUAGGGAGAGGUGAGCGGGUGUUCCGCUGCACGAGCCAAAAGAGGAUGUUCUGGGUCAUGUGCAUGGGUUUAUAUAGGUCCCUCAAUCCGUUUAGACUGCACCCCAUUGGCCAGAUUACACCCAGCAACGAGGGACCUACCAAUUGGGUGUUGUGGCUAUCCAAUGGACCCACCUACAACCAGGAGGUUAGUCUCCAGGUCUCUCCGCAACAUGUGCCCUCUGUUAGGGAGGACACGAUUUCCCAGCUGCCUAUCACUCCUUGUCCCUCAGCACCAUAGAUGGGUUCUCCUCUCUUCUCUUCAUCUUAAAACAAGUAAUUUUGUUACCUCCAACUCUGGAUUUAGGGCAGUGCAAGUGCACAGGGCACCGAGCCAAAGGUGUGCAUUAUUAUUAUUAUUAUUAUUACUACUACUAUUCUAUAUUUAUGUGUACCUACUGAGAAAAUUCAUUAAAAAGCAACUGUACCAAAAGGAAUUAUUGUGAAAAUGAGGAAUAUUUAGUGGGUGGGACUCCAAAUUUUGUUCUCAUUCAGGGCGCCUUAUUACCCCAGCAAGUUCUGGGGCCACCAAGCCACUCUGCCUUCCUUUCAGGUCUUUGUUUUCCUCCCUCCUUUUUCUCUGCUGUCUUCUUCUUUUGGCUACCCACCAGGAACACCGAGCAGCAACCAACACUGACUGACCUUUGUCUGACUAGCACCCAGACUUAUAUUCACUUCUUCUGGCCAGUCUAGACAAGCCCUAGCCAAUCACUGUGCCUAACUCAGAAUUCUAAAGCUGCAACCACCAAUCAGAAUAUGCACACCUUUGUUCCUUCUUUUGCAUACUGGCAAUUCUAUCUCCAGCCCCUCCUCAGUUGUCAGUUAAUGUCCCCCAGGGACAGUUAAACCAACUUCCAUCUGACCAGACAGAAGACUUUGCCCACCAAGCACAUUGCAAUACAUUAACAGAAUACAUUACACAAUACCCAUUAAAACACAGUUUUGAAUAAACAGGAUUUCUUUUCAGGUUCAUAGAUGGACUAUGACCCUAUGUCAAGAGGUUAGACCUAGCCUUGGUAAUGCACUGAUUAGUCACAUCCUGGUUAGUUUAUGUGGGGCUGCCUUUUAAGACAGUUUAAAAACUCGAACAGGUGCAGAAUGCUGCCACUUGGUUGCUGCUGGCUGUUAGGAAACCAGAGUACAUAUGAUACUAAUACUGUAUCAGAUGCGCUGGUUACAAAAUCAAAUAGAUCUGCAUUGUCUGGCAGUUCUGAAAUGCAAGAAUGAAAUCUGCCCAAGGUGUAUUACACCAUCAGCAGUUGCAUUGCUCUGUUCCAUAUAUUUUACUUAUUCUGUAUGGAGUUAAAUACCACGGGGAUAGGGUUCUAAAAUAGUUUUCUUUAAUGUCAUCCAAUAUUAAUCUUGGCAAGAUCUUUAUCUGCAUUCAGUUCGGUUCUAUGCCUAAAUCCUGGCGUAAAUAUUUCCUUACCCACUUGCUCAUCAAUGUUCCUGGUGUAUUAGAGUUGUGACUUUGAGGUGCUGUGGGUAGGUUGCUUCUGUGUCCAGUAAACUGGAAGAUUUUCAGUUCUUGAUGGGGUUGCAUUUCCCUUAAAGGAUCAAUUACAUAUUUUGGGGAUCCCCCUGGAUCCAGUCUUGUCACUUGAGGCCCUGGUGGCUUCUAUGGCUAGGAGUGACUAUCUCCUGUGGGCUCAACAGCUAUGACCAUUCAUAGAUUAGGGUAGCCUCAGCAAUCAAUGUAGUAACCCUGGACCACUAUAGCUUCAGUAAUUCUUGCCCCUGAAACAUUACAAUCAAUUGGUCUGCUAUGAUGCAUUCUACAUAGGACUACCCUUGAAAAUGGUGGGCAAGCUACAUUUGGUACAGAAUGUUUUUGCUAUGAUUUUAAGUGGGUAACAAAAAGCAAGAUCCAAAAGGAGCUGCUUGAAAGAGCAGCAUAGAAUGUUUGUUACCUUGCCCUAUUGUAUGAAGAUGAGCUUUCUAAUAGCGUUAGUAAAGCCACAAAAUCUAGAAUUGUAAAGAAACAAUAAUUUAUUUCAUAGAAUCAUAGAAUCAUAGAAUCAUAGAGUUGGAAGAGACCACAAGGGCCAUCGAGUCCAACCCCCUGCCAAGCAUUUAAUAUGAAAUCUUUCUUUUAUUAGAGUUCACUGGAUUGAUUUUUGUUUUGAGAAAGAAAGUGUUCAGUAAUUGAGUGGUUUAUGUUUUUUCUUGUUGGUUUUUAAAAUCUUACUUACUUUGCCAGACCUUAUAAUCAUAAGCAAAUUUUGAAAUACAAGUGCAUCAUAAUCUUGUCAGAACACCCAUCUUGCAUUCUAUGAGUGAGUACUGGUACUGAGUGAAUAAUUGCAGCCUUCAGGCAGUUUCGGCUGAAUGAAUUUUGCUGCUCUUAAAUAAAAAUAAAAAUUCAAAGCUAAUCCAUUGUUUAAUAUUCCUAAUUUAGAUUUAUUGCUUGAUUUCAGAAGUAUUAAGAGCAAAAGCUUUAUUCCUUAAUUAAAUGAACUCAUUAAUUAGAAGUAUGUGGUUGGAGUCAUUAAUUAAAAGUAUUUUCCAGUUUAUAUUUCCCUUUCCUGUUGUGAGUCCCCCUGCCCCCGUAAAAUCUGUUUUCAAAUAAACAUGUAUCUUCCCUCACACAUCUCAAUCUUCCACUAUGUAUGUUUCUUACACUGUGCACUCUUUAUGAUAUAGAGUGACCGUAGUGGUGCAUAGAAUGCAAAAAUACUGGCAUAGACCAAAAUUCUGUGGCAAUAAAAAUGAAGUUAUUUAACCUAAUACCACAAAUUCAAAGUAAUCAAUUUCAUAUAUCUUUGCUUUUUUGAAAUAAGUUAUUCUAUGGAUAGGGUCCAGAGUUCUCAUGAGCAGGACUGUGGCCAUAGGCCAAUUCCACGGUAGGAAGAAGGGGUCAGUUUUCGCCCAUUCUUUCUCCCCUACAGUUUCCUGAAAAUGUGCCUCCAUGAAGAUGAAUCAGUGUAGUCUAUGGCACACAGGUCUACAAGGGGAUGAUCCUCCUUCCCCUUACUACUGCACUCAGUCUCCACUGAAUGUCAGUCUCUGGAGCCCUUCCAUUCACAGAAGGGACAAGCACCCAUUACCUGCUAGCAGUGAAGAAGAGUAAGGAGCUAUCCUUUGGUAGUCCUACGAUGGCAGUAUUGCUAAGCCUCCAUCUGACUGACUGACCCAUAAUGAAUUUCCCACAUAUUUCUGAUCUGGUUGUCAAGGAAGGGAGGAAGGAAAGAAAAUUUUCCCCCUAUGCUCUGUGCUUGUGUGAGACAAAUGUAGAACUGAGAAGAACCUUAUACAUCAGCCUUCACAAACUUGGCACCCUCCCAGUAUUUUAGAUUACAACUCUUAUCAGCUCUAGCCAGCAUCAAAACAUCUGGGAGAGCACCCAUAUAGUGAAGGCUGCUAUACAGAAUGCUUGCAUAGUACUAUCAGGUUCUUAUCCUAAAGUGUAAUUAUACUGCUACUGUCAAAAUAUGCUUUUAUAUCAUGUUUUCUAUAAACCUGCGGCCUGCUUAGUAUUCCACUCUCCAUUCCCCCUCCUAAAAAUGCUAAUCUAGAACACAGCAACAGUAAUUAAUACUAAGCAAUCAUAUUAAGUACCUUUUCUAGAAAGAAUUGUAUGGUGACCAUGUGUUUUCUCAGAACAGUAGACAACAUAUUGUGACAUUCUACCCCAGUCUCAGAGUGAUACAAGAUUCCAGGGUUUCUAGGUGAUCACCCUGGGUUCCUGUUUCCUUUUAGAAAUGAGGCACAGCAGAGACUGUGGUGUCUUUAAGAUAUAUGAUUUAUUUGCACAUAUAUACAACCUGAGCCUGUGAUGCUGUGGUUCACGGCAUCAACACCCCAUACGGUCUUUCUUUCUCCCAUAGCCAUAGCCUUGGAUUCAAGUAGAAAUCAGCCAUGGCUCUCUGUCUCUCUCUGCCUUUCCAUCCUGCAGCCUUUUGCAUCCAGCUUCUAGCUCAUAUAACUCCUCUCAACUAUGGCUUUAUCUGUUGAGGGAGGGGGCUCUACCCAUUUGCCAUCUAGCACGAGCCCUUUGAUACUUUGUUGUUUCAAUUAGCUAUUAGCAUUUGUUGGAUCCAGGGAUUAGAAGUGUCUGGCAUUCAGUUUGGCACUUCAAGCCUUGAUUAAAUUCUAACACUUAAAAGGAUCCAGGAAUUUAGAGGUCUAGCACUCACAAACUCACAACACUAUUCAGCCAAAUAAAAACUUAGCUUGCUGUUUGCCACAAACAGUUCCUUACUUUUUAGAUGACUUAAAAUUUGUGGAUAAAUUUUGCUAUUGUGUAAGCAAUAAAAAAAUAAUGCAUAAGUUUUAAAUUGUUUCAAAUAUGCUUCAUUUAUUGUAUUUUUUCAGGUUUAUCUAUAGAUUAUGCAGAAAACAGGCUUUAUUGGAUCAGUUCAGGAAAUGGAACCAUAAACCGAUGCAAUUUAGAUGGUGGCAGUUUUGAAGUAAUAGACUCAAUGAAAGAAGAACUAACGAAAGCUACAGCCUUAACCAUUAUGGGUAAGUAAACAGCUAAAUAAGCAUGUUUGAUAUUCAGCAUUUCAUUUUCCUGUCAGCCUUUCAAAGUAACUCCCACGUUGCUCUGAAAGUACUUUCUUAGUAUAAUUUUUUGAAGUUAGCCUCUUUCAUUUUAAUUUUUUGGUUUAAACUAUUGUUUGAUGGAUCAAUUUCCAUUGAGCUAUAGUAUAGAAAUCUUCUUUUAAACUAGAUGGUUUUAGAAACUUUGGAAGUUAGGUGAUUUGGGGAGUGCAUUAUUUUUAUCCGUGGGAGUCUCUCUGCUCCAUAGUGAAUAUAACGUUAUCAGUUACAGCCCCUUUUCCAUUUUUGUAACAAGCCUUUCCAUACCUCCCUUUUUGGUAUUGUGGAAUAUGCGGCUUUUAGUAUUUAGCUGUGCAAGUAAGUCAGGGCUGCUAUUAAAGAACCAAUAUCAGUUUCUAGAAUUGCUAGUUUAGGACUGGUACAGGUAUACCAUGUCUCAUCCAUUAAGGACGGGGACCAGAGGUGGAAGAAUCUAGGACAGCUCAGCCGGUAGAGCAUUACACUAUUAAACUUAGGUCUGUGGGUUCAAACUCCACAUUGGGCAAAAGAUUCCUGCAUUGUAGGGGCUUGGACUAGAUGACCCUCAUGGUCCUUUCCAAUGCUAGCAUUCUAUGAUUCUUGCAAAUUGCUUGAUAUAAAUACUGCUCUGAACAAAACUGAGGGCGGAUCUACAUUCAUGUUUAAUGCUAAAAAAAAAAGUUAAGGAAUGGUUCUGAUAACCAUAUAGCCCUAUGACAUUCUUUUUAAUAAUGUGUUUUUAAAAUGUGACACCAGAGAGCUCUGCAGAGCAACUAGCUAUCAUAAACUAGGUAGACCUUGUGGAAAGGAAGCAAAAGGAAACAGAAUGGGACUUUUUCUGUCUUGAUCUUUUAGAAUGAUAUUUCUAAUCCUGUUCUAAUAAUGUUUAAAUGGUGAGUGUAGAUCCAGUCCCAGAAACACAGACACCCCACCACACAAGCACACAAAUUUCCAAACAAGUAAUAACAAGUUUUUUUUGGGGGGGUGUUAUUAAGGAGGAGACUAUAGCACCAUGGUAUGCUUCAAAUGAAUUUCAAAUCCUCAUUACAAAUCCUGGCAAUGUGGUACCCUUGUUAGUAACCAUGGCUUUAGCUGGUGUAGCCACAUGAUAAAUUGCUGCUGGUCACUGGAGAUGCUGCAGGCCUUUCUUAAAGCUCAGAAGAGCGGGUAGCUCUUGAUAUCCUUGAUAUCUGUAGUUCAAGGUAAAUCCUUAGGAUUUGCAGGGCUUGGUGAGCGAUCUGGUGCUGGUGGGUCUAUGUUGGAUGGACCAGGGCGUAGGUCCAUUUCCUUAGAGCUGCUGCUUUUCAGGGACUCUGAAUCCAAGGACUCUGCAUAUGUGGCCGUGACGGGGACAAAGGAUGUUCUGAACAUUGUGCAAGCUUCCUACCUCAUCUUCUGUAGGAGAAUGCAGGAUAGCUGGCUGCUGGGUUGGUAACAAGUAGGGUUUGGGGGCAUGUUGGUGUCAGGGGUGUCAGUGGUUCACCUCAUUGCCUGUUCUGCACUUUGGGAGUGGAAAUAAACAAGUCAGGGAUGGUCAUUUAAUUGGACUGGUUAGGCCAUAACUAGGUGUCACAGCUGCAGAUACAGUAAAGGAGGGUCAAACUGACAUAAUUUUUAAACAAAAGGUUUUAUAGCUUGGGCAUUUAUAUCUAAUGCGAAGACCCAUGCAAUUAUUUAUAGCAAUUAGUAAUGAAGUAUGUAUAAUUUGUGGUGGUUUGGCCAGUAACAUUGGUGCUUCUGAGGAGUAAUCACAUGUGACAUGUUAUUUUAACCCCACCUGCAUCCUACAAUGUAAUACUCUGUAGUAUCUGGAAUUGACAAUGACCUGCAGUAUUGGAGCUGAUUUAAAAACAACGACAGGAAAGGAUCCAUUACUCUUAUUAAGAAUAACUAUGUGUGGUUUUGUAUGGCAUUGCAGUGAUCCACUGAUGAAACCAAUCUGCCUUAUGAGAUUUAUUCAUACAAAGUUAGAGGUCUGAGCCAAGUUUACCUUUUGUUUUCUGUUAUUCAUGGAGUUUGAGGAACUGCAGAAUGCUGCUUAGACUAAAUCAGGCUUCCUCAACCUCGGCCCUCCAGAUGUCUUGAGACUACAAUUCCCAUCAUUCCUGACCACUGGUCCUGCUAGCUAGGGAUCAUGGGAGUUGUAGAUCAAAAACAUCUGGAGGGCUGAGGUUGAGGAAGCCAGUUUCCUGUAUCCACAAGGCAACUCUCCUCAUGUGCUGCAACUGAAAAUGGCAUAGCCAUGUCAUGUUCUUCAUUGUACUAUGAAGGACCCUGUAUCAUGAUGUCAUCACAUAGCACAUUUUCCCAGCUCUAAUGUAGCUUAUUGGCAGCCACUGACAGGAUUAGGAAAACAAUGAGGUGAUGUCACAACAACAUAGUGUAAGUGAUCCUUCGCAUUACAAGAGAGAUGGGGAAAGGGAUCAUGAGGAUAUACUUGUUAAUCUCAGGUGCAAUGGGUUGUGCUUCCCUGACUGGAGCUGACAGACAGGGCAGUAAAACCAAAUCACUAUUUUUUUAGUUAGUUAAAAAUGUGAAACUGGAAAUGUUCAGAGUUUGGGUAUUUGGUUUUAAUCAGGGUUGUCAAACUGUGAUCUGUUGCCUACUCAGUGUUUCCAGACUGUGCUCUGUUACUUACUCCAGCUGCUAAUUUUGCCAGCCUCAGAGGUGGUGGUGGUAGGGGGAGAGUCUGUUGUUGUUGUGUUUAGUUUCUUCUGCCUGCAUCAGUGAGGGUGUGUUUUAAUUUUAGGGGAACAGAGAACUCAAACAGGCAGUGCUACUGGUGCCAACUACCAGACUCUGCCUGCACCACCACCAUUUGGUUUUCCAGCACUAUGGGCACAUAUGAGCCUGACGUUGGCCCUGCCAAAGAGGCAGGAUAAAAAACUGAACUAUUUUAAAUUAAUAAUGAUUAUUACUUGUUGUCAUGGGAGCUGGAAAUGCUUUUAAAAAACAAUUCUGCAGCAAUUCACAAUGCCUGGCUCUAUGAGAAGGAGGGUUCCUUUGGCUCUUGUUGGGAGCCCAAGUGCCUAGGGAGCUGUUGGUGAAGACUGUGUAUGUGUUUGUUGUUGUUGUUUUAAGUAAUAUAGAAGAGGAAUGAGGAGGAGGAUAGACAGCUCUGCCGCUGUAAGAAGUAGGAUUGGUGGUGGGUGGGGAUCCCUGGGUCGUGCUGAAGACCCCUUGAUGUUUGGCACUGGCCCUGCAAAUUGUGAUGGGUACUCGGAUGGUGUUUGUGCAGGGGGAAUGGUCUCAAGUUCCAUUGUCAGUAUCACCAGUUAAAGAGCAUAAAUGGUAGGAGGACUGCAUGCCAGAAACGUAGUUGCCAGACAGAAUAGGGCAGCACUGUGCUAGGCAAAUUAAUGGCUCAACUAAGUCUAAGCAGCUAAUUAAAUUCAUAUUCCCCCAAUAGCUGUUUCAGUAGCUACCGUUUCUGUUGCUUACUAAGUAAAAUGGUGAAACUGCAUCUACAUAUUAGCCCUUAAAAUUAUUGUGCAUUCUGCUGCCCAUUUUUUUGUAAGGAGAACAGCCUCCCCUCAUGCACCCUUUGCCCAAAUCAAACUCCUCUUCCCAGAUGCUUGGAAGCUGUGGCUGGAUGGCUGCGUGGGAGCCGGUUGAAGUUAAAUCCUUUGAAGACACAGGUCCUCUGGCUGGGUCGGGGCGACAUGGGGUUGCACGGCCAUUCCCAUCUCUUGCGGGGGCUCAAUUAGUGCCAGCGCCUUCUGUCAAGAGCUUGGGUGUAACCUUUGAUGCCUCCCUUUCCAUGGAGGCGCAGGUUGCAACCACAGCAAAGGUGGCAUUUUUCCAUCUCCGCCGUAUUAAGCAGUUGGUCCCUUACCUUUCUCGCCCUGAUCUGGCCACAGUGAUCCAUGUGACAGUCACCUCCAGGCUUGAUUAUUGUAACUCACUCUACAUUGGGAUGCCCUUGAAGCUGACCCAGAAACCCCGGCGGGUGCAGAAUGCCGCAGCGAGGCUCCUUAGGGGGUCCUUGCCGCGGGAUCACAUUCAUCCAAUGCUUUACUGGCUCCCAGUGGAGUACAGGGUCAGGUUAAAGGUGCUGGUUUUGACCUUUAAAGCCCUAUGCGGCCUAGGAUCCACGUACCUACGGGACCGCCUCUCCUGGUAUGCCCCGCGGAGGACCUUAAGGUCCACAAAUGACAACACCUUGGAGGUUCCAAGUCGCAAAGUGGUUAGAUUGGUCUCAACUAGGGCCAGGGCCUUUUCAGUACUGGACCCAACUUGGUGGAACGUUCUGUCACAAGAGACUAGGGCCCUGUGGGACUUGACAUCUUUCCGCAGGGCCUGCAAGGCAGAGCUGUUCCACCUGGCCUUUGGUUUGGACUCAGUCUGACCCUUAUGUUUUCCCUCCCCUUAUGGUUUUGAUCCGUGGGCUACUUUUAAAAUGAGGCUGCAUUUUAACCUGUAUUUUAAAUUCCCCCUCCUCCCCCCGUUAUGUUUUUAUUGUAAUUUUACUGGCGUUAUCCGCCCUGAGCCUGGCUCUGGCCGGGGAGGGCGGGGUAUAAAUAAAAAUUAUUAUUAUUAUUAUUAUUAUUAUUAUUAUUAUUUAUUAUUAGAUUUCCUGGAGAAAGAUGGGGGCUAGCACUAUCUUUAAGGGAUUUUUCUUUUCACAAAUAUAUCAUCACUGAAGAGCAAUUAGCAUGGCUUGCCCCACUUUACCUGUUAUGGGUGAUCAGGAGUAUCCAUGGGGAGGGGCAGCAUUGCAGACCUAGUCUCUUGGCAGCAGCCUCACUUUUGCAUGCAGGGCCAGUGUGGGGACAGGGCAGGAGAGCAGAUGGCCUCUGUAUGCAGAGAGGAAGACCCCAGCCCAGUUGGUGAAAUCAGCAAUGAGUGGAGAUAGGAUGAUUCACUCUCUGUUUUUCCUGAGUCUUGGCAACAAUGCUGCAAGGCCAGUGUUGAUGCGCCCCUCUCAUAUGUGAGUCCUGGGGCAGUUCCCUUCAGUUCCACACCCCCCCACCUAAAAAAAGCUCCACUUCAGACAUUGCAUUUGUUAGCAAGUAGCAAGAAAGUUGAGAACCAACACCCUGCUUCCUUAGAAAGACCUUGAUUUAGGCAUUGAUUUAGGCAUUGAUUUGGAUUUUCUUAGACAAUCUACAUUUGGUGAACAGUGAGUCAUUGUGAGGUGUGCAAAAUCAAUGCAGGUCACAGUGGAUUUGCAAGGGGCAGGGGGGUCUUCUUUGGAGAUGUUCUUUAGUCUGGUUCAAGCCCAUCUCACUUGUGACUAAAAAUUAACGUAAAUAUGUCAAACAAGCUUUCUGUUAGUUAAGUGAUCAAUAUAAUAUAUUUGAACAAAUAAACUAGGUACAUAAUUGAUAAAAUAUGAUACUGACCGUGCAAAUUAGAAUUAAGUAUUGUUAUAGUAGUCAAACUUUCUGAAAUGCACAUAUCAGCUGUGUGCUUUUAUAUACUCUUAUAUAAUGUAAAAUUGUUUUCAUUGUGUACCAUGCUGAUUUUAACAAAGAUUUAAUGGAAAGGUCCCCUGUUUUCCUCCAUCUCAUUUUCUGUGAUAACCAUGGCCGAAGGCAAACAAGUUCCUUUCAAACUCUUCAUGUUUGUUUUGUAUAUGCACCAGGAUAUGCAUGCAUCCUAGCAAAAUUGUCAUAGGAUUUGAUAACCAAUAAUUAAGACUGUAACUACUACAUUAACAUACAUUUUUAUUGAAUACAGAGGCAAACAAAUGACAAAUACUUUGAAUACCUGAAGUGUUUUAUUUAUUUCACACAGUAUAGAAAUGUAGAAAGUUGUAGCUUACAUUUUAAAUUAACUGAUGCAUACACUAUUAUAUUAUUAUAUUAUAUUAUAUUAUAUUAUAUUAUAUUAUAUUAUAUUAUAUUAUAUAUUAUACUUCCCCUAAACAGAUAUCCAUCUACAUACUCUUUAGCAAUUCAAUGAGUCUUGAACUGGUUAUAAUGACAGGCAAUAUUCACUAUAACAAAUGUUAUAAACGGCAAACCCAGAAGUAUAUUUUUGGGUUUUUGCUGCAUGCAAAUGCGCAGAAGCGUUCUACCGCCGCUUGUGCAUGUGCAGAAGCAGUCCCUCCAGUUGUGGAAACCUCAGGAUUCAACCGCAGCUCCAGAAUGGAUCCUGUCCGCAACCAGGGGUACCACUGUACACCUAAAUUUUCUAACUGCCACAAGAUUCUUAAGCACAUUAGCAGUAAUAAAUGAAAUAUAUCUGGGCAAUUUGUCCAGUUUUAAGUACAGUAUAUGGUUGUCAUCUCUUAAGGAUUUAAACAAUCAUUAAUGAAAAUUAAUACCCCAUCGGAAUCUGUAUUCAAAGUAUUGUUUCAACUCUUGAAGGAAAAGAUGUAUCACUAAGUACAGAAGUGUUACUGUAUAUAUAUUUGUGUGUGUGUGUCUGUGUAUUUUUGUGCGCGCGCUCUCAUACACACAGGUAUAUAUACACACACACACCUCUAUAUCAUUAUAAACCAACUACAGUAAUAAGUUUAUACUUAGCUACUGGAAAACACUGUUGGCAUAAAUUGAUUACAUAUUUUUAAAUGUAACAUAAUACUUAAAAUAUUAAAAUAAAAUAGUAUGUGAAUAGCACAGGUAGGUAUUUUAAUUUGAUCUGUCUAUUCUAAUAUUGAUACACUUUAAUAUGCAGUUAAUCAACUAUUUAAGUGAAAACAAAUGUUAGUGCUUAAGAAUGUGUGAAGGACGCUUAAAAAGUAUACAAGUUUUCUGCUUACAUAGCACACUUGCUGCCUGUACAUAAUAGAUGGAACUUAAACUGUGUUCUUCUGUGUUUUCUCUGUUCCAACUGAAUGGGAACAAACAUUGCUCUUUAGCUUAAGGUUAUGUAUUUGGCAGGUGAGCAUAGAAAAUCUCCUUUUGAAUAACUAGGCUCAUUUAUUUCUUUACUUCUUUAUUUUACAUUGAAAUGUCAAGUCUUCCUGGUUCCUCAAAAUGUAGUUGAUUGCCUAGCCUUUGUGUGACUGGAACUUUUAGUUCCUGAGCUUAGUCAAAUUUACUAAUGGUUUUCCCCAAUAUGAUGAAAUUACAACUUCUGCUGUAAUUAAAGAAUAGUUGUACAAAGGAAAUGACAUUGGCUCACAGUUAGAUUUUAAUGGGAUUUAUGCAGCCUAAGAAGGAUUUUAGCCAUUGUCACUGCAAAGAUGAAAACAAGAUAACAGCAUGUGGCUAUUUUUGAGAAUUCUGUUUUGAUUUUUUGAAUUUUUUUUAAUUGUAUAGGUGCAGGAGACUGCAAAGAAGGCCAAUACUCUAAGGGCUAG